UCUUCUUUGCUAGAUAAUAUCUUAACUCUUAUUAGUCCUACAUUGUGGUCUGAGAAACUUACUUUUAUUUAAGAAGAAUUUACAGCCAUGUGGUCUGAUAGCAUUGUUGGUAAGGAUGCAGCAUCUCAAGCCAGUAAGAUUGCAGGCCGGAGGAAGCGGACCAGUUUCACUAAAGAGCACUUGGAACUUCUCAGGAUGGCCUUUAGCGUCGACCCAUACCCUGGCAUUAGUGUCAGAGAAAGUUUAUCUCAAGCCACUGGUCUUCCAGAGUCACGAAUUCAGGUAUGGUUCCAGAACAAGAGGGCAAGAACUCUCAAGAAUAGAACCAUUCGGACCUCACCUCAACCAGAAGCUACUUCUUCACUCUCCAGCCCUUUCCUGCCACCUCACAUGGUUGGUGUGAAGGAGAGUAGACAGCCAGCAUUUAACAUCUCUCAGCUGAGAGAAGACGGCGAGCAGGACUGCUUCUUUACUGACUUUAACACUCCACAAAGUUUUGGCCUUCCACCAAAUGGAGCCCACUGCAGCACUCCAGCCAUCAGGCCACGCCAAGACAGGCUGAUGGGUACUAGCUUGAGUCCUUCCUCCUUCCACACUGACUUGGAAGUUACUCCAGGUGGAUGGGGCUCCAUGAGAGCACAGACCUCACCGGAGUGUCUGUGGAGUCCACCAAUGCAAGGCACUGGAAACAACAGCAACGAUGAGCGCCAAGUCUUUCUCUAUCCUCCACCUCCUUAUCCUCAUGGCAGUGUGAGGUCUGGAUUUCUCAACAGUUUAAAGUCCUCCCCUGAUUCUGCAGAUUCUGCAUUUUGGGACAUGGGACUGGAAAACACCCCUCCUAUACCGUAUCCUCAGGGUGGAAGUGGCCUGUGGGAUGAAUCUGCUCAGGAGAAACCUCUGGCCCCGCUGCCGAACCUGUCUUCUCAGUGCCUAGAGGAAGUUCUUGGAGAGAUGGAACCAGGCUGGUGGAAGAUUAAUGGACAGAUGGAGCUUCAAUAGCACUGUUCUCACACAGACCAAAAAAAAAAAAAAAAGAUUAUAUUUUUCAUUAAGUCAGAUGACUAAUUUAAAAUGUAAAAAAGGAUUGUAGAUAAUGUGUGAAUUUUUCACUUUAAUGUUAUCGGUUUUAUCUUUUAUUAUUUUUUACCUCAUGAUGACGUGGUAGGAAAGUGAUUUAUUUUUUAUUUAUAAGUUUUUAUUUAUUAAUUUAAUGCAAAUCUUUUCCAAGGAGAAUGUUAUCCACAUGACUCAUGUUGUAAGAUUUUAUUGAUUACUGUAUGAUUUAUUUAAGACCUUUUGGUCAAUUUUUACAUUAUUUAACAUAUUUAUUUCAUGAUGUAGAAGUACAGAAUUGAGGGGGGGAAAUGUAAAUAUUCACUUAUUUUGUACAAUAAUUUAUUGACAAUAAAAUGUUA